AUGGAAAACAACGUGACAGAAUUUCAUUCUAUUGAGACUUACACCGAAUCCAAGGUUGCAGAAAGUCUUCUUGUCUUUUUAAUCAACUACAUCAUCAUCAUGGUGGGAAAUCUGAUCAUUGUGUUGUCAUUUAUUGAUGCCUGCUAUUCUUCUGUCAACACACCUAAACUGAUCAUCGACUCUCUCUGUGAGAAGAAAAUAAUCUAUUUCAAAGGCUGUAUGACGCACGUCUUUGGAGAACAUUUAUUUGGUGGGGCCGAAGUUAUUCUCCUCACGGUGAUGGCCUAUGACCGUUGUGUGGUGAUAUGUAAGCCGCUGCAUUACACGACCAUCAUGAACCGGCGCGUGUGUGGUGUGCUGAUAGGGGUUGUCUGGAUGGGAGGCCUGGUGCACGCGACCAUCCAGCUUCUCUUCAUGAUAAAUUUACCCUUCUGCGGCCCCAAUGUCAUCGAACACUUCAUGUGUGAUUUGAAUCCUUUGCUGAACCUUGCCUGCACGGACACCCACACCCUCAGCCUCUUUGUAGCUGCCAACAGUGGGUUGAUCUGUCUAUUAAACUUCAUCAUGUUGAUGAUUUCCUAUGUCGUGAUCCUGUGCUCCUUGAAAACACAUAGUAAAGAGGGUAGGCGCAAAGCGCUCUCCACCUGCACCUCCCACAUCACCGUCGCCGUCCUGUUCUUCGUUCCGUGUAUGUAUAUAUAUAUGCGGCCUGCCUCCAGCUUCGCCUUGGUUAAAGCUAUUGCAGUAUUUUACACGAGGUGUAAAAUACUGCAUCAGGAAGCUAUCAGGAAGCUAUGGAGCAGAAAACUCACUUCUGAACAUAAAUAG